CCCACCCUAACCCACAAUUCUGUUCCUUCAUUCUGCAACCAUGGCGGCAACCACUUCUUUAUUAGAGUUAAACCAAUUAAAAUGGACCCAAUUACACCCCCAUCCUCGGUUAUUCCCUCAAAGAAACGCCAAAUUUGGUCCCGCUUUCAACAAUUUUCAUACCCUUCAACGUUCCGCCAAGUCCGGCGCCGUUAAAUGCUUCUUUACUCCCCCAAGGAAGCAUCUUCCGGCCAAUUCAAGCUUAAAUUCAAAAGGGGUUUUUGACCCACUUGAGGUUAUGAGCAAAACGGUUGUGAAAACUUUUAACGCGUUGAAGAAGCCCGCAAUGGUUGCAGUUUUGGUUGGCCUUUUAAUGGCGUUUGAUCCUAAUUCUUCAUUGGCCGCGUCUGGUGGGAGAGUCGGGGGCUCGGCGUUCUCGUCGCGGUCUUCGUCAUCGUCAUCGAGGAGUUAUUCGGCGGAGCCGAGAGUACCGUACUCGGCUCCUUAUUAUGCUCCGUCGCCGUUUGGUGGUGGUGGGGUUUAUGUUGGGCCUGCGGUUGGCGUUGGAGUUGGAGUGGGCGGUGGGUCGAGUUUGUUCUAUCUAUUUAUGGGUUUUGCAGCGUUUGUUUUGGUUUCGGGCUUUUUGUCUGAUCGGUCUGAAGGGGAUGUGUUGACUGCCACUGAGAAAACUAGUGUUAUUAAGCUUCAGGUUGGGUUGUUGGGCAUGGGGCGGUCUCUUCAAAAGGAUCUUAAUCGAAUUGCUAAUACGGCAGAUACAUCAACCCCUGAAGGCCUGAGCUAUGUAUUGACAGAGACAUCUCUAUCUUUGCUUCGGCAUCCUGAUUAUUGCAUCUCUGGUUAUUCAUCUGUGGACGUGAAGCGAAGUGUAGAGGAUGGGGAGAAACGCUUCAAUCAACUUUCAAUUGAAGAACGAGGGAAAUUUGAUGAAGAGACUCUUGUUAAUGUUAAUAACAUCCGAAAGCAAAGUACAAGCAGCCAAAGAGCUGGUGGAUUUAGCAAUGAGUACAUAGUGAUCACAAUCCUGGUGGCUGCUGAAGGUGUGCAUAAGCUGCCCAGCAUCAAUGGCAGUGGGGACUUAAAAGAAGCUUUGCAAAAGCUUGGUUCCCUUCCCCAGAGCAAAAUAAUGGCAGUCGAAGUGUUAUGGACCCCUCAGAAUGAAAAUGACACGCUGACGGAAAGGCAACUACUGGAGGAUUACCCACUUUUGAGGCCUCUAUAAGAUAUAUACUGAAUCCCUCAACCUCCCCUCAAUAGGAGUGAAUUGAACUGAUUUUUGGAUCCUGGUUCUUGUGUACAGAAAGUGUUUAUAAAUACAUAAAGAUGUAACUUGUUAUAUAAUCGGUUAGGGAUUGUUCGGCUGUGCUGAAUCUGUAAAGUCAUAUAACAGAGACGGUAUACAGUUACUUCAAAGCAUCAAGUUUCUUUCGCUGUCUCUGUAACGACAAUCCAUAAUUUCUGAGUUCUCUGAAGAAUAAAACCGGCUGAAACUUUGAAGGUUAUAUUUUGUA